CUCACCACUCAAUCAUCGUCAUCAUUUCAACGCAUGUGUGCUACUUAAUGCGUACGCCCUUGCAAGGCUUUGGCCAGCUGCAACGGGUCUAUGGAGGUGGGAAGGGAUCUCACCUACUUCCAUCAUUUCGAGGAUACUGGAGAGGACUAAGGAGCAUCAAUCAUCAACCUAACACUUUCCCGCAGGCAAAGGGAAGGUGGGAAAGUGGGACCUGCAAUCCCUCUCAUCACUUCUACCGGUCUUACUCUUCAAUCACUGGCCAAAUCGAUGAGAAUUUGCUCUAUCAAAAUGAAGCAUCUACUUCGGACAUCCCAAUUUUCCUCCCCGAUUCUAUCGAUGCACUACGUCAGAUGCAAUUGGAAGACUUGACAAAAUAUAUCGCAAAUCUUCACUUAAAAGGAAAGGUGAAGCAAAGAGUAGACUCCUUCGAAGAUGUGUUUGCUUUGUUCAACAAAGAACAGUCAAGUGCCUUGCAAGAGCUUGUCAAAUCAAAAAUUGAUUCAAGCGAAAUUCAACUAAAUGCGUUUGCUUGGUCAUGUUACAUCAACAUACUUGCACACUGUAAAAGCUGGGAAGACGUGAUGAUUGAGCUGCAUGCAAUGAUUGGUGCUCAACUACAGAAUCCUGAAUCAUCGCUUAGACCAGACAUCCCUGUCUUUGUGAUGGAACACGCUUUCGGUUUGAUACGGAAUUCGCAUCACGCUUCAGAAGCAUGCUCUCUGCUUAACGAAAAUCUAGAUUCCUUCAAUUCGGAGAGUGCAAUUAUACUUCAUUUGAGUCUGAAUGAUCUCAUCAUGAAUGACUUGCAGGCGACCUAUCUGAGUGGUUCGCUCACUUCCAUCACAAUACGAAUCGCUGACAGCUUAGUCCGCACAAACUCCGUAUCAAUCGAUGGUCAAAUUGAGGCUUUGAAGAUCAUACGGCAUCUGGUACAAUCAUUUUUACCUUGGCCGUUUGGACACAUUCGACGUCAUGUUCAGAGGCUUCUAAAAUGGGCAGAUUCGAAUCUUUCGCUUGAUCAUAGUGAUAUCCUUCGCAUGCAAAUUUUGGGAUGUGAAGCAGCUGAUGGCGAUAUCAAACUUCCAUGGCAACAGAUAAGAUGGACACCUAGCGCACAACGCUCAUUCCCAACUUCAGACGCUGCACUCGAUUUGAUAGAUAGGCUGUAUGACAACAAAAGACAUGGAGCAGGAUUGCAAUUUGCUUUGUCUUCAGCGCUGUACAUCAUGACCCGUUCCCGCUCGGAGCGCCAGGCUAUCGAGCUUGUGGGAAAAGCAGAACGCUUGUACAAGUCUAAUCGGAUCGCAAUAGAUUUCUUCAAGAGUAUAGCUUUUUUGCAAGAGCUUGUGAUGUUCGGUCAAAAAGAGAAAGCAUUGCAGCUGUUUGGCAUCAUCCUUACGACCAACGAAGAAGUAGGACACUUCACCAAGAUCAAAGUAUGGGCUUCCAUUGUGGGAAUGUUGGCAAACAUGGAAGACUCGCCCGAUAUUGCGAUGCGGAUACUUGAUCAGGCUAGUCCUAAGACUAUUCCAAUUCCAAGGCCACCGGAAGAAGUCCUUUCAAAGCCUUUCAUAUACGCAAAAGUUAUGCAACAAAUUGCUUUACGAGAAGAUUCGGAUUGUAGUGAUCUCAUAGGAGAUGUUUGGGAUCUGAUGCUAUCAAGAGGUAUUCGGCCUGAUCUGCAUUGCCUGGAAGAAUAUUGUGUCGCUCUUGUUUCUCAAGGCCGUACAACGGAAGCAUUGAACGCCCUGAAUCAGUGGCCCGUCAAAUUGGAAGAGAGUCGAGAUAGUGACUGCAAGCCAAGGCCAGGAUUCGUUUAUCGUAUGAUGAAACGUAUGAUAGAGCAAGGAGAAACACAACAAGUCUAUCACCUUUACCAAGAAUAUACGUCCAAAUGGCAACAAGACUCGGAUAUUAUCCUUUUACCUACACUCUUACGGGCUGCCGAGGAAGUAUCCGCCAAGCGAAAGGAGAUGGGCUAUUCUGAAGAUCAUCCGUUCAUUGCCAGGAUGUUAUUCCAACGUAAAGAUCCUCUGAAAAGCAAGGAAAUUCUCUGGGAUGGAAUACCUGCUCCUUUGAGAGCACGGCAAAUCUUUCGUCAAACUUUAUUCGAUAAUCACCCCGAUCUUUUCGACUUACCCAAUCCUCUGGACGAUCCCAGAAUCGGUAAGAGAGGCGCUCUUUGGAGGAACGAGAUCCGCAUGCAAAAAUUUGAAGACUGGCUUUCGCAAAAAUUGAGUUUCGAAGGCGGAAGUGGUCAAAAAGAGCGAUUCGCUUCCUUGAUGCACGCCAAGGAAGAUCAGGACAUAAAAGAUCAAUUAAAAACAAAUCAUGAGAAUGAUAGUGUACAAAGGAUAAUGCUGCAAUGCACGCAUGAUCUUUUCGAAAAUUACUUGCGCCUUUUACCGUACGUGGAAGAUUGUGCCCGUGAAAUCGGAAUAGGAUCACGAGAAAGGGAGCACCUACAUAUAGGCUGGGAUGAACGUUUGAUGGUAAUUUCUUGGAUGCGAUAUUUGGACAUCUUUCCGAAUAAGAGUUGCUUGUGCUUGAUUUGCGCUUACAUUCAAGAAAAGAUGCCACCUGUUUUUGAAGGAUCCAAUCUGUUCGCAAGUCGAAACGUGGAUCCUUAUUCCGACUCCAAACAUUCAGCCGCUGGUCCCUUGCACGGAUUUCUGGCAGACUGGAUUGGGGAAGAAAAUAUCCCAACCAACCAAGAUGUUGCAAAUUCUAUCCGUACUUAGCCUUCAAGCAGUCUUGGGGUGUGCCACGGCCAGGAUCAAAUGACGUCAGCUUGCCACUGAAGCGGCUUUCUUAUAGUAGACUCUAUGCUUGUACAGUCAAAAUGAUUGUCUUGUGAAUUUCGACAUACUUUACCAUUUUAAGACUAUGCCAUGCCGCUGAAA